UUGCCAAUUCCUCCGCCAGUGUUGAUCGACGACGCAGAUUCAAGAAACCACGAAAUCAACAGGUUUAUCUGGGAUAACUGACGCGGGCGCGCGCUGCGCGUUAAGUUACGCUCGUGUCAUCGCGCAUCUUCAGGACAGAGAGGAUUUUUAAAAAUGUCAAAGGAGCCGGAUAAAACUAGUUCUGGGACGAAAAGCUCUUUUAUUGGAGAUGCAGACUCUGAUUCCCCGUCUUCUCCAUCCGUGUCGGAUGAACGAGGCGCGCGAACCGGCACCGGCGAGCGCGCGGACAGCGAGGAAGACGCGCGUUUCCCACCCUGCAUCCGAGAUGCCGUGUCGCAGGUCCUCAAAGGCUACGACUGGUCCCUGGUGCCGAUGCCGAUGCAGGGAAUCAGGUCUCUAAAGGACAAGCCGCACGUGAAGAGACCCAUGAACGCGUUUAUGGUGUGGGCGCAGGCGGCGCGCAGGAAGCUCGCGGAUCAGUACCCGCAUCUGCACAACGCCGAGCUCAGCAAGACCCUGGGCAAGCUAUGGAGGCUGCUCUCCGAGAGCGAGAAGAGGCCGUUUGUGGAAGAGGCCGAGAGACUGCGAGUCCAGCACAAGAAAGACUAUCCGGAUUACAAGUACCAGCCUCGGAGACGGAAGAGCCUGAAGCCGGGUCAGGGUGAACUGGACCCGGGAGCCGAGAAGGAUCACAUGUACAAGAUGGAAGCGGGAGUGAGAGGGAUGCACAGUCAUGGUGUUCAAGCACACGGGCCUCCGACGCCUCCAACCACCCCGAAGUCGGAUCAGCAUCACAGCGCGAAGCGUGCGACGGAAAACGCACGGCAGAACAUCGACUUCAGCAAUCUGGACAUUUCUGAGCUCAGCAGCGACGUCAUCGGCAGCAUGGGCCCGUUCGACGUGCGUGAGUUCGACCAGUACCUGCCGUUAAACGGCCCGUCCGAGAACAACGCUUUCAGCGUGUCCUAUCACCAUCACGGCACCGUCCCGGCGUGGAACAAGCCGUCCGGGUCACCGUCCACAUCUUCACAUAACCAUCAACGACCGCUCAUUAAAACUGAACAAUUGAGUCCUUCUCAUUACGGAGAGUCUCACGGGUCGCCGACCCAAUCUGAACUGAGUGACUGUCCCGACAUGCAGAACUCAACGUACUUCACCACGUUUUCCGGGUAUCCCGCUGGCAUUUAUCAGUAUCCGUACUCCCAUUUCUCCAGAAGGCCGUAUGUGACUCCGGUUCUCAACAGUUUGUCCAGUCCAUCUCAUAGUCCCGGUGCAAACUGGGAGCAACCGGUUUACACGACUUUAACGCGGCCCUGAUGCCAUCGGGAGAAUUACGGGACGAUGCUCGGGACAAUCCGUUUUUUGCUGAUACUUUGCCACUUCAUAGACUUUUCUGGUCAUUUUUGACCUUUGACACUUCACAAAGGUCUCAUUUGUUAACAUUAGAUAAUGCAUUAGCUAACAUGAGCAGUAUAUAUAUGAAGAGUUCAGAUGCAAAAGCCUCUAAAUGCCAUUUU